AAUUUCUGUAAUUGGUUUUUUUGUUUUUGUUUUUGUUCAACCUGUGCGUUAUCAAAAAUCUCGAGAAAACGUUGAAAGUCAAAUCUUUUUUUCAUCCCCAAUUUUGAAAAACACUCCUCGUGUUGUGUUUUGUUGACACUCUUGUGGGCACGAUACCUUGUGGCUCCUUUCCAAUUGGGAUCAGGAUUGCCUAAAGUUGAGGUAGCUACCCUUUUGCUCGAUCCGUCGAGCAAAUCAAUAUUAUAGAAGGAAAAAAGUAUAGAGCUUUAUUUAGCAAUGGCUUCGAAGCUCGUGGAAAUGUUUAAUGCCGGUUUACUUUGGGUUACAAAGAUUCUGGAUGAUCCUUCAGCUAGAGUUGUCUUGUUCGGUGUCCCAAUCCAAGGGCAUUUAUUUUUGGAAGCCUUGUUGGGUGUUGUCAUUUUCAUUCUCCUCACUCAGAAGAGCUUCAAACCCCCUAAGCGACCAUUAACAGAACAGGAAAUAGAUGAGUUAUGUGAUGAAUGGAUUCCUGACCCUCUUAUACCGCCAAUUACUGAAGACAUGAAGCAUGAGCCUCCAGUUCUUGAAAGUGCUGCUGGACCGCAUACAACAGUUAAUGGUAAAGACGUGGUGAAUUUUGCCUCAGCUAAUUAUCUGGGACUCAUUGGACACGAGAAGUUGCUGGAAUCAUGUACUUCUGCAUUGGAAAAAUAUGGUGUCGGUUCUUGUGGUCCUCGUGGGUUCUAUGGUACAAUUGAUGUCCACCUUGAUUGCGAAACCAGAAUAUCAAAAUUUUUGGGUACUCCGGAUUCCAUCCUCUAUUCUUAUGGACUUUCCACGAUGUUCAGCACAAUUCCUUGUUUCUGUAAGAAAGGCGAUAUCAUUGUUGCCGAUGAGGGUGUUCACUGGGGGAUACAAAAUGGACUCCAGCUUUCUAGAAGUACAAUUGUGUACUUCAAGCACAAUGACAUGGAAUCCCUUAGAAGUACCCUCGAGAAAAUCAUGACAAAGUACAAGCGCUCAAAGAACUUGAGGCGUUAUAUUGUAGCUGAAGGUGUAUAUCAGAAUUCUGGUCAAAUUGCACCUCUGGAUGAGAUCGUAAAACUAAAAGAGAAGUAUCGGUUUCGUGUUAUAUUGGAUGAAAGCAACUCUUUUGGCGUACUUGGCCGUUCUGGGAGAGGUCUUGCAGAGCAUCAUGGUGUCCCUAUUGAGAAGAUAGAUGUUGUGACUGCUGCAAUGGGCCAUGCAUUAGCCACAGAAGGUGGAUUUUGCACUGGGAAUGCCCGCAUCAUCGAUUACCAGAGACUCAGCAGUUCAGGUUAUGUGUUUUCUGCUUCUUUGCCACCAUACCUUGCAAGUGCUGCUAUCACCGCGAUUGAUGUCAUUGAUCAAAACCCUGAUAUGUUAGUUAAGCUGAAGCAAAAUAUUGCCUUGUUAUGGAAAGGAUUGUCAGAUAUCAAGGGUAUGUCCUUAACAAGCAACCCAGAAUCACCUAUUGUUUUCUUGAAAUUAGAGAAAUCUAGCGGUUCAGCUAAAGAGGAUUUGCUUCUACUUGAGGAAAUGGCUGACCGUGCUCUGAAGGAAGACUCGUUGUUGGUUGUGAGUUCUAAAAGGUCGUUUCUUGAUAAAUGCCGGUUACCUGUGGGAAUCAAACUAUACGUUUCAUCAGGACAUUCGGAAUCUGAUCUUCUUAUAGCAUCCGAGUCUCUGAAGAGACUUGCUUCAGAGCUUCUACUCAAGUCCUGAAACACCAAACCUCAUCCAGAGAGCACUCUCUUCUUCUUCAAAAACAACACCAAGGGGAGGGAACUCUUGUCAACACAUGUGUUUGAGAUUAUAGACAACACAGAAUUCGCAGACUCAACAGCUUGCAGAUAUUCAUAGAAACGAUUCCUAAACCGGUUAUGGUACUUUCAGUACUAGGCUUGUGGCUGAUCUGAAGCUGACAUUGACGAAGGAGAAUUCUCGAAGACAAUGGCUUCUUGUUCGCUUUACGUUUAUGAAAAAUUUCCAAAUGUUUUCGUUUGAUUCUUUUUCCCCGCCGUCUGAUUCUCUUGAUGAUCAAGUAGACUUAGUGUUGUUGUUGCAGAAAUUCUUAAAUUUCAAUUUUGUGGAAAACAAAAAAAAAGAAACCUUUGAUGACUUGUCGCACAA